AUCCAAAACCCCGCUCCGUUGGUCUUCCCUUCCUAUUGCGUCCAAGCAACUUACUCAAACGAACUUUCUCCUUCAAUUCGAUUCAGUUCUUUCAUGAAUCCUGUAAUUUCUCUGUCUCAAGGAGAGAGACGGAAUAUAGGUGACAACGUCCUGGCAUGAUCAUUGUUAAGGGAAGAUGGGCGGUUGCUGUUGCUGUUGUUCAAGAGAAACCGAACUGAGCGAUCCACCAGCGUACUUCUAUCAGCCAAGAGCAUCAGAGGAGCGUGUUCCUCUAUCAUCUAAUCAUGGUUCUGCGUCUGCUUUCUCCCGAGGGCUCCUUGUUGAUACUAACCUUGAAACUUCAAGUCCUGACACUUAUAGACCACCUCCUGCCCCUGCUCCUUACAGCAACGUUACUUUGGUUGUCACUCAAACUCCACCCGGGGUUCAUGAAAUUAGUGAUAAUAAGACUAAUACAUCCAUUCAAUCUACAGAUUCUAAUUCAGCUGAAGAAAUAGUUACUAGUGAUGGUCAUGGAAAUAUGACCAAGUUGGAAGAGCAGAAAGAACUAGAGGGUAAAGUUCAGAGUGAUUUAGAACUGGACCCAGCUAAGGAUUCAGAAAUUGAACUUCAAAAGCUAGAUGAACCUGUCAUUUUAGCUGAAGAGGAGGAUGUGUGUCCUAUCUGUUUAGAAGAGUACGAUGAUGAGAAUCCAAAACUCAACACAAAAUGUGAUCAUCAUUUUCACCUUGCUUGCAUUCUGGAAUGGAUGGAAAGAAGUGAAAACUGUCCCGUGUGUGAUAAGAAUCCUGGUGUUGAAUUUGAUUACAUGUGAAAGAGAACAGGUUGUCAUGGCAAUAACCUGGGUUUAAACUCAGUUUCACCCCUUUGGCCAAAAGUUACAUUCCUUUAGCCUAUGUGUCGUUCCUGGGCUUAAAACUCGGUUUUGUUCCUCUGUACAUUACGUGAACUGAUGUCAACACAAUUUGGACGAGUUACACCGAAAAUUUUCCUAGGAGAAAGUGAUCACAAAUUGGAGUGGUAAGUAUGAUUUUUUUCCCCCUUA